UUCAAGCAACAAUCCGAAGAUGUUCAAAUUAGUCGUGUUGGCCGCCGUCGUCGCCAUUGCCUGUGGUGCACCGGCUCCUGGAUUCCUCCACGGAGGGUAUGGUUUGCCCGCCGCCACGAGUUACAGCUCCAGGGUGGACAUCCAUCACAGCAAACCGAUCAUUGCGUCGUACGCCGCUCCCAUCAUCAAGACCGUGGUUGCUGAGCCAAUUGUGACUAAAACCAUCGUGGCGGAACCUAUCCACUCGUACUCUGCUCCGCUGGUCUCCAGCUACGGUUACGGACACGGAUUAGGUCUGGAUCACGGAUAUGGAGGAUAUGGCUUGGGAGGACUCUCUUACGGACAUGGAUAUGGAUACGGACUUGGCCAUGGUUUGGGAUAUGGGCAUGGGUGGUAAUUUUAUUUUAUUGAAUGCACAUGUAUAUAAAAUGUAAUAUAUAAUUUAU